UUUUUUCUUUUCUUUUCUUUCUAUCUUUUAUUUUGUAUAUUUUAUUUUUAAAAGAAGAAAGUUUGGUGAAUUUGGUAUUUGAAUUGUAGAUCCUUGGGUUUCUUUUUAAAAAGAAUUCUCGACAGGAUCCAGGAACCUGCUCUCGAACACUUACAUUGAUUUCUUGGUUGUCCAAUUCUGUUCAUUUCCGUCCCUGAUUUCAAAAUUUUGGAAAUUCUAUUUGAAUUCCAGUUCAUACUUUCUGCAAAUCUUCCAUUCCGAACUGAUUUCUUAGAUGAUUACUGAUUAAUAUUGUUCUCCCUGGAAAUGUUAUUAUAUUUCAUCUUCCGAAUCUGGGCCAUUCCAAUGUAUUCUUACAGCAGGUGUCUGUCCUCUCUAGAACUUCAAAGGAUGGUAGUUUUUUCUUUUCUUUUUUGUUCCUAUUGAAUCAACAUUUGUGUUCUAGUAUCAGUGGUUGACAUGAAAUCCAUUUCCUUGCUGUCUUUGAUUCUUUUGUCGACUGUGUCACCUUACUGAUCUUUUGAUACUGUUUUCAACAAGGUUUUAUUUUUUAAAAAAUAAAAAAUUCUAAGGUUAAUUUGUGGUUUCAAGCAUGAAGUUCUUUCUUUCUUACACAAAUUUGGAAUUUGGGUGUAGGUUAGUAUAUGGUUUUCUUUUUUCAACAUUCUUCAUUUUAACGACCUUUUUGAAAUCAUGUGCUUCGAGAAUCUGGUUGUUGUAUUUUCUUGUUAUUUUCUUUAUGUCUUUUUCCCCAUACGAUAAUCACAUGCAAUGGCAGUUCAUUAUAAGAGAACUGUGCGUCAGGCAUGGUUGCCUGAUCACCUGCAUGCUCCGAUGCAAAAUUGGGGAAAACCCAAAUCAGGCAAUGCACAGAGAUGUUGAUUGCCACGGUAAGUUACAAAGAAACUGCAUUUUUUCCUCCACUUGCUAUAGAUUGUAAAUACAGUUUCAUGUCUUUAGGCUUCUUUUUUCUAGCUUACCGUAGUUGUUGCAUUUGCCUCUAUUCCAAAAAUAGCUGAAUGCUAUUUGAAGUUAGUUAUUUGGAAAACUCUUGCAUACCUCAUGUGGGUAUCUAUCAGGUGGGUAAUAACUUGACAUGCAGGAUACCUACACCAUCCAUCAGGUACGUCUCCCUUUAUUUGGCCUUUUAUCCUCUAAAAAUCAGGAGGAUUCUAUUCAGGGUGGGUCACCAUGUCACCCCAUAAAUUAUACCUAAAAACAUUCAUGUGGUAUGGCCCACCUGAGUUUUGGAAUACUAUGAUUUUUGGAUAAUUCUUUGUACCUGAUGAGGCACAUCAGAUGGAUGGAUCGGAUGGCAUACAAACACCGCAGUGGGACCUAUGCAAAAGUAAUGGUGGGCAUCCCACCCAUCCCAACUUUUUCCUAGGGUGUGGCCCACCUCUACCUGAAUUCCUUCUGGUCAUGAUAUUUGGGCCGCAAGGUGAACAUGAUGCAGCGCACCUGAUGGAUGGAGUGGAUCUCAUGGAAAUUCCACCCACUAGGCUCUCAGUCCGCAAGGUUCGAGGUGUCAAUUCCUGAUCUGAUUCUCAAUAUCUGGUCAGCAUGAGUCCGCUGGCACUUGUCUCUCCACCUUAUAUCGAUUUAGAUGCAGAUGAUGCGGAUAUGAUGAUGCAUUUGAAGAGUAUCGAACAUGGGGAUGCUCGCCCUCAUAACGUGAUUAUAGAUCUGAAUCCUCAAACUGUUGCACCCGAAAAUUUGCCUCCGAAUAUGUUGUUCCUUUGCAAUUUGGAGGAGGGAGUUGAAGCACAGGGGGGAUACUGGAAGCUCAUGAGGCAAGACCCAAUAAUAUCGAAGAAUUCUCCUACUGUAGGUUCGAGGACUACUUUGAAAUUCUAUACUGGACAAGCUCCCAAUGGAUAUGGAACUGCUUGGGUUAUGCAUGCAUACACGAUGGAACCAAACGGUUCCAGUUCAUUAUGCAGAGUUUUUUUGGAUGAUGGUCGAAGUCUGAACAAUGUAGAGCCAGAACCACACAACCAAGAUGAUACUGACAUCGACAUCCAACAAGUAUUGAUGAAUUUGUUGGAAGCUGAAGAAAACGAAACCACAAACAGUUCCCAGGUAGAAUUUGAAUUUCGAGUAUUAUUAUUAUUAUUAUUAUUAUUUCCACAUGUUGUUAGGAGGGAGCAUGGGGAAUACCAUCCUGAAGACGAUCUUUUGACAGGAAAUUAUUUGGAAGUGAACGAUCUUCUGACACCUUCUUCCAUUUCAGACAGCACAUGCAUUGCAUCCAUGACUUCGGAUGAGUGCUUCAAUUCAGGGGGCCUGAUGUUUGAUCCAGAGACUGGAAAUACGACCGCAGGUGUCCCAAACAUGGAGCAAUGGCAUGCUGAUUGCAGAUUCAAUGUCUCUGUAUCUCAGGGAUCGCAUCGGAUGGUUAUACAGCCACCACCUUCAGGCUCCCUGCACAGCAACAACAACCCGCAGACCAAAGAAACUGUGGCUUCUGCCACAAUGCCCAAAAGAUUGAGGGUCGCAGAUGCUCCUCUGCCCAGUACUGCUUCUCUUGAACCACAACCCAAUCUGAAGGCCCCAAAUCGUGGGCCCAAGCGGAAUAUGGCAAAUGAAGGUCCUACAAAUCCGCGAGGCGGGACUUCACAUCAUGGCCCGGGGGAAAGGAAGACUGCUGCUAGGAUAGCGAAGCUCAGGAGGAAAUAUUGCUGCUUUUUUCCAAUUUAGAUUUUCUAUUUCUCUACUAGGUAUAUAUAUUUAGUUAUUUAGAUUAGUUUCUAAAAGAAUUAGGUGAUCUUCUCUCCUAAGGUGAUAAGAGGAGUGAAAAAAUGAUAGUAUACAUACAGAGGUCUCAAAUACAACUAGUUGGACCGGUAAGUGGAUCGUCCAACUAGUGCACUGUUGCCUGUGUCAUAGGUUCAUGACAUCCAAUCUGUCCAGCAUGUUGGCCCCACCAUGAAUGUUGAUCAAACCACUCAUCAGUUGGGUCGCUCGUAUCAUAUUGGCACCUGUCCAUUGUUUUCUGGCUUGCAAGCUUGAUUUUGCACCAAGUGUUUGGCAUGCCAGGGCAACCAUUUUUAUUGGUCGGAUUGUGUUUUUUGAAAGGUAACGCUACCAGGAAUUAAACCCUAGAUCAGUCACACACACUACACUGUCUAUAGCAGCUCAUCUAAUAAACAAGAUUUUAUGAGUUGAUCUUGUACGAAAAUUGCACUAGUUGGACGAUCUAUUUAUCAUUGAACUGGUUGCAUCACUUCAAAUUGUAGAAAUAGUACCACUUCCUCUUUCUUUUUCCCACUGUUUUCGUGUUGUCCUUGUGUUCAUAGUACUUUAUAUAUGUAGAGUCAUAAACACGACUAAACCUUCCUUCCUUUUUCUUUGUAUAAAUGAGUGAGAGAAAUGACGUUUGUGUUAUUGCAGAUAUGGAUACUAAUAGAAAAUGUGGUGUUGUACA